UCACAGUGAACGUGAUAUUAAUGUUAUAGGCCAAGCAGUAAACAAUGAAUAUUAAAUGUAUCUGCAGAUAUGAAAGCCCUUGGGGUUAGGAGUAUUCAAGAUGUGUGGUUGGUAUGGCUUUGCGCUAUUAUAUGUUUAUCUAGAAAUGUAGGAGGCCAAUGCACAACGCUUCAAUGUAAAUAUCCGCGAACAUGUAAGAUCGAUGAAGCAGGUUUCGAGCGAUGCGUCUGUGAUAUUGUGUGCCCACGUAUUUAUGACCCAGUGUGCGGUUCUGAUUGGCGAACGUAUCACACAAGAUGUAUGAUGAAAUAUAUCACGUGUGAAGAACAAAAGGAUGACGUCAAGUAUUUGUAUGGUGGGAGAUGUAAAACCAGGGACCCAUGUUUGCUUAAAUCAUGUGUAAAACCCAGAACGUGUGUCGUCAAUAAUGCAGGCGAGCCUAAAUGUAGAUGUGCCAUCCCAUGUACACGCCAUUGGGACCCUGCAUGUGGGACGGAUGGGCACACUCAUACCAACCCGUGUAUGCUGAAUUACCUGGCGUGUGAGACUGACAGUGAAAUAUCUCUUAGACACAUGGGAAAUUGUAAAUCCAGGAGUAACAAGGAAGAUGAGUUUCUAUGGACUUGCAAACUUUGCAAAGGGAUCAAUGGCCUUGGAGUCAAGAAAAACCUGUUUAGAUGCUCCAAUUGCAUUAAAAGGCCGAACAAGGCAUGUCAAAAAUGUCACCAAAAGUGUGCCUCGUGCAAAAUCAUUGAAGAUUCUUCAAACAUUGGGUUGUCGACAAAACAUCUCUGCUUCCAAUGUAUAUUCUGA